AUGGGAUCAUCUUACUCAGUGCCCGCUCUCGAGGAGAAGAGUCCUCGGGGGGAGACGGAGGUCGCUCUGUCGCCGCCGGUGACCGAUAAGCACAAGGAGAAAGAGUCUCGUAGGUUCUGCUGUCCUACGGUCAUAUUCAAGAAGACAUGGGAGAGUGCCGCUGACAUUCUAGCUCCGCCGUACCCAAUGGAAGAGCGGGAACCGAGCUUGUCGCUCCAUCGCCUGAAGGACUGGAACGAGACACUGCUUGCGGAUCCAAAGAAUCGUCUGGCAAUCUCCAGUCUAGCUGGCGCCUCCUACACCGACCUCCUCGCCAACCGAUCGGCUCUACGAUCCGAUAUCCAGGUAUUCAAUGUCAAAGUACCCAUUGAAGGCUCGCCGAUCACGAACCAGCGAUCUUCUGGGCGAUGCUGGCUCUUUGCAUCGACCAAUAUAUUCCGGGUACCGAUUAUGAAAGCGUACGGGCUGAAAGAGCUUGAGCUCAGCCAGGCGUAUCUCUUCUAUUGGGACAAGAUCGAAAAGGCCAACUACUUCUUCGAGACGAUCAUUGAGACGGCAAAUGAAGAUAUCUCAAGUCGCUUGGUGCAGAAGCUCCUUCAGGAUCCGGUGACUGAUGGCGGGCAGUGGGAUAUGGUUGCUAAUCUGGUGAGGAAGUAUGGACUAGUGCCGCACGAUAUCUAUCCAGACACCUUCAAUGCACAGAACAGCAGCAGGAUGAACUGGCUGUUGACUGCAAAACUCCGCGAACAAGCGUUCGUCCUCCGCAGGCUUGCGACUAGCGCGCAGCUUAAGGAGCGGGUACAACUUGGGGUCGUCAAGCAGAAAUUUCUCAAGGAGAUACAUUCCCUUGUCACGAUUAUGCUCGGGCCGCCUCCUAGCCCUGAUCGAGAGUUUGUGUGGCAGUACAACGACGCGGAUGGAAAAGCCAAGGAGAUUCGGCAGACGCCGCUGGAGUUUGGGCGGCAGGGUUUCUCACAGUCAACACGCACAAGGGUCUCCCCAAGUCGCUUAUACAGUCUUGUCAACGACCCCAGGAACGAAUAUUAUCGGCUACUGACCGUGGAAAAGCUUGGCAAUGUUGUUGAGGGCAAGCCGCUGACCUAUGUUAAUGUCGAAAUGAAGGCCCUCAAAAAAGCGGUCAUUGCCAUGCUCAAAGCUGGCCACCCGGUUUUCUUCGGUUGCGACGUGGGGAAAUUCUCUGACAAGGUCAGCGGUGUCAUGGACUCUGAGCUCAUAGACCUCACUCUCGGCUUUAAUGUCACGCUGGGAAUGAACAAGGCAGAACGGCUCACCAGCGGAGAAACAGCCAUGACUCACGCCAUGGUCAUCACGGCUGUACACUUGGAAGACGGCGAACCGGUGCGCUGGCGUGUCGAGAACUCUUGGGGCGAGGGGGCUGGCGAGAAGGGGUGGUUUGUGAUGACCGAUAGGUGGAUGGACGAGUACACGUUCCAGGCAGUGGUUGACUUUAAUCUGGUUCCUGCUGAGAUUAGAGACGUUCUCGGGCAGGAACCAAAGAUUUUGCCACGGUGGGACCCGAUGGGUGUUCUUGCUUGAGGCU